AUGGCGGGCUCAGGUGCCUAUACUUUCGGCAUUGCGCUAUUCGCCGCAAUCGGCACGUUUCUCUUUGGCUUUGACACGGGCAUUGCUACCACAACCAUCGCGCAUCAAAGCUGGAUUGAUUACAUGGGAAACCCUUCCAAAGGCCUCACUGGAGCCGUUGUUGCUGUUUAUAUUGCCGGUGAAGCUGUUGGUGCUUUGAUGCAGACAGCCAUCGGUGAUACCCUUGGUCGUAUUCGAUUCAUGCAAUUAAUGUGUAUAAUUGUCACUAUCGGAACGGUCAUCCAGACUGCAUCGCAAAACAUUGGCAUGUUCCUGGCAGGUCGUGUUCUGGCAGGUAUCGCUGUUGGCGAGAUCUCCUCGCCGAAGCACCGUGGCCUGAUCGGUGGAAUAUCUGGAUGCGGUAUCUCCUUUGGAACGAUGAUGAGUAACUGGGUGGGAUUCUCCUGCUCUUACGCACCGUACGGACCAACCCAAUGGCGCCUACCCUUGGGUAUACAGGUGCCGUGGGGUGUGGUCAUGUUCAUUGGUCUUGCGACUUUUAUGCCCAAUUCCCCGCGGCAGCUUAUUCGAGCUGGGAAAUUUGAGCAGGCUCGUACCGAAUUCAUCAAAAUCCGACGUGAUCUUCAAUCUCAUGAGGUCCACGAAGAGUUCGCCCUCAUGAGAGCUCAGAUAGAGUUCGAGAUGGAACGUGAGAUCAAGUCAUACAAGGAGAUAUUCAGGCUGUUCCGACACCGAGCUCUUGUCUCUAUUGCUGUACAGACUAUGACAAGUUUGACAGGAGUCAACGUCAUCCAGUAUUAUCAAACUAUCUUAUACAAGUCGUUGGGGAUCGAGUCCAAGACGAUUCUUGCCUUGGCAGGUGUGUACGGUACCAUGGCUUUCCUGUCCAAUGCCUUAACAACCAAAUUCCUCACUGAUCAAUGGGGUCGGCGAAAGAUGAUUCUGACUGGCCUUGGCGGAAUUAUUCUUAUCGAGAUCUACGCUGCAGUGAUGCAACGUGAGUUUCAAAACACCGAGAACAGAGUUGGAAAGGGCUUUGCUGUGCUCGGCAUCUAUCUCUUCGUUGUCAACUACUAUGGUAUGCUUAAUAGCACAACUUGGCUAUACGGCGCCGAAGUUCUACCAAUGGCUCUACGAAGCAAGAUCAUGGGCAUCGCUUCUGCGUCUCAUUUUAUUGUCAAUGUUGCGAUCACUGAAGCUGGCCCCAGCGCGUUUGCGAACAUUCACGAGAAUUACUACUACGUGUUUGUUGUGUGUACGGCUUUCUUCCUCGUGGUUGCAUACUUCUAUUUCCCCGAGACAAAACAGAAGACUCUGGAAGAGAUCGCAGCAGCAUUUGGCGACAAAGUUGUCCUGCUGACGGACUUGGAUGUUCAGGCAGCGGGUGUAGUAGAUGCCGACAAGGCCAACAUGGAGCUUGUGGAGACUGCAUCACAGCAUAGCCACCGGGAGACUGCUUGA